CCAACCCCUCCCCCCCCACCACCUCGCGAACACCUGGAACCGCCUCGAGGACGCGAUGCUGUCGCCCGCGACGGGUCUCGGACCUGGCGUUCCUCCUCUUCUUCUUCUGCUGCUGCUGCUACUGGGGUCAGCGGACCUGCCCGCGCCGGUCGGAGCCCUGCACUCGCUGCUGCAGUCCACCACCGAGGAGCUCAUGACGGAGCUGGACAAGCCAAUCCCCGUGACGGACGUGGAAGGCGUGCUGGGUCGCAAGACGAUGCUGCCGUGCGACAUCAACCCCAGGGACCGCGACGACGCCGUCUACAUGGUGCUGUGGUUCAAGGAAGCGGACGGCGAGCCCCUCUACAGCUUCGACGUGCGCGGACGCAACUUCGGCAAGGCGAAGCUGUGGUCGUCGCCGGCGGCGUUCGGCCAGCGCGCCUACUUCCGCACCGCGUCCACCCCGGCUCAGCUUCUGGUGGACGACUUGAGGCUGGGCGACGAGGGCGUCUACCGCUGCCGCGUCGACUUCCGCAACUCGCCCACGCGCAACCUCAACGUCAACCUGACCGUCAUCGUUCCGCCCGAGAAACCAAUCAUAUACGACGCGAAGCGUAGGGACCAGACCAAGAUUCUGGAGCCGUACAACGAGGGCAGUGACGUGAACCUGAUAUGCGAGGUCUCGGGAGGACGGCCACGACCCAAGGUCGUGUGGUUCCUGGAGAACUCCGUGGUGGACGACUCUUACGAGCACCGCGGCGACGGAGUGACCGUCAACCACCUGACGUUCCCCAACAUCGGCCGCCAGCACCUGCACUCGCGGCUCGUCUGCCAGGCGUCCAACACGCACCUCACGGCGCCGGCCUCCAAGUCCGUCAGCCUCGACAUCAACCUGAAGCCCACCUCCGUGCUGAUCCUGACGAAGGAGCGGCAGGUGUCGGCGGAGCGCAAGUACGAGGUGGAGUGCCGCAGCUCCGGGUCGCGCCCCGAGGCCAUCAUCACCUGGUGGAAGGGCAGUCGCCAGGUCAAGCACCACUCCGAGAAGUUCUCGGAGGACGGAGACCACAACCUCAGCAUCCUGAGCUUCGUGCCGGGCAUCGACGACGACGGCAAGUACCUGACGUGCCGCGCCGAGAACCCGGCCAUCCCUGACAGCGCGCUCGAGGACAAGUGGCACCUCAACGUGCAGUAUAUGCCCGUGGUUUCUCUCAAGAUGGGCUCUAGCCUUAACCCGGACGACAUCAAGGAAGGCGAUGAUGUUUACUUCGAGUGCAACAUCAGGGCCAAUCCGAAGGCGUAUCGGCUGGCCUGGUUCCACAACGGCCAGGAGCUGCACCACAACGUGACGGCGGGCGUGAUCCUCAGCGACCACAGCCUGGUGCUGCAGGGCGUGACGCGCCACACCGCCGGCGAGUACAUGUGCCUGGCCGCCAACACGGAGGGCAAGGGCUCCAGCAACCCGGUCGUCCUGCGCGUCCUGUACGCGCCCACGUGCCGCGAGGACCGCGAGGAGCUGCUGGGGGCGCUGAAGCACGAGACGGUGGCGCUGCGCUGCGAGGUGGACGCGAACCCGCCGCCGCUCGGCUUCCACUGGACCUUCAACAACUCCGGCGACCAGUCGGAGGUGCCGCCGGCGCGCUACCACAGCUCGGGCGCCGUGUCUCGCCUCAACUACACCCCGGCCUCCGACCUGGACUACGGCACUCUGGCCUGCUGGGCCAGCAACUCCGUGGGGCCGCAGCGCGCCCCGUGCGUCUUUCAGGUAGUGGCCGCAGGGCGGCCGUUCCCGCUGGCCAACUGCUCGGUGGGGAACCAGACCACCGACUCGCUGCACGUGGAGUGCGUGGAGGGCUUCGACGGCGGCCUGCCGCAGAGCUUCUUCCUGGAGCUGCUGGAGCUGCCCGCGCUGAGGCAGCGGCUGAACCUGACGGUGUCGCGCGGGCCGCCCGUGUUCGACGUGUCGGGCACCGAGCCCGGGGCCAGCUACCGGCUGCGACUGUACGCCGUCAACGCCAAGGGCCGCAGCGAGGCCUUCCUCAUCGAGCCGGUCACCUUCAAGGGCGUGGCCAAGUUCCUGGCAGGGCCUUCCUCGCCGAUGCCGGUGAGUCCCUUGCUGGCAGCCCUGGCCGCCGCCGCCGCCGCCCUCUCGCUGCUGGUGUGCGCGGCGGGGGCGGCGCUGUACCGCCGCCGCCACAGCCUGCGCCGGCCGCCGCGCGCCAAGCCCCCGGGGGCGGCGGGCGCCGAGGACGGCUGCGCCUGGGGGGCGGACCACAGCGCGCCGCUCAACCCCGCCGCCGCCCCCGGAGCGGCGGCGGCGAUCGUGGCGGCGGACGACGCCGACCCCGACAUCAUCCCCAGCAAGUACGAGAGGCGUCCGCUCAAGGGCUUCAUGAAGAUCUACAAGACGCCGCCGCAGCGGCGCCGCAGGAAAAAGGACGCCCGCGGCCAGAACGGGCUGGAGGAGGCGGAGGCGCCGAGCGUGGCCGAGGCGGGCCGGACCACGCCGAAGGUGACGACGGCGCCGACGGCGAAGCGCGUCAGCAAGGGCGUCACGGCGUCCAGCCCCACGAGCGCGCUGCCGGCGUCCACCGCGUGCGUGCUGCAGGCGCGCCCGGGCGCCGAGGUCGUGACCACGUCUCGACGCAUCCAGGAGAGCUGCAUCUGAGUGGGGGAGGGGGUGUCCAUCCCCCCCGCACCGCAGCUCUCACCCCCACACGACCCCUCGUUUGUACUGUGCAUGGACCGCCUCCCCAGCCAUCCUGCCGGCGCUCGUGUGGCGCUCUCGGUCGCAGGGGCGGAGCAAGGGAUGAAAAAAUUAAUUGAAAACUAAUAAAAUUUAACAUAAAUUGUG